GGUGCAAUCCCAGUGUCCCGGGAUUAUAAAAGCCCCAGGGACUUUAGAGGACAGAUCAUCACAUCACACCAGGCCUAACGACACAUUGACACAAGGCAACUCUUGCUCAACCUGCAGCCAUGAAAUUCUCCCUCAUCGCCGUCAUUGUUUUUGCUCUGGCCAUCAGCUCUGAGUCAGCAUCUCUGGUCAAGAGAGACGCUUCUGCUGAGCUGGACAAGAUCGCCAAGUACUUCCAGGAUUUUGUGGACAAUCUGAAGAACGUUGAGGGUCCAGAGCUGGCCAACAAAGCUAGUGCUUACCUGGAGCAGAGCAGAGCCCAGUUUCAGCCCAUGGUUGAGAAGCUCCAGGAGCAGCUGAAGCCCUUCUCCAACAUUGAGGACCAGAUCAAGCCUCUGGCCGCCUCCGUUCAGGCUCAGGUUGCCCCACUGGCUGACAUGGUCCAGACCCACGUUGAGGACGUCCUCAAAUUUGUGGCUGAUAAAACUAAAACCAUGCUGCCUCCCCAGUAAACCCAAAGCAAUCACCAUUCCUUAGUUCACAUGCAUUGCUUUUGUGUGUCUUUAUGUAUAUUUAAGAGAAAUAAAUAUAAUUUAAAGGUCA